AGGACAGGAGGAGCGGAAGUAAACUUGACUGGGGCGUUUAGUUACUUGUGCAAAUUGUGAUGGUCCCACAAAACUUAGCCUUCUUCAAUCCUUCAGCUUUCUUCGGCAGUCUUCUCUCCCUUUCAUUGCGCCCUGCAGGGGCUGCAACCCAGGGCAUCACUCUGCUAAACCUGUCAAGCCAACUCCCAGAAAAGACUUCACCUCUUCCACCGCCUCAUUAGUCAUUGCGCUGCUGCUGCAGCAACCCAUGUUCCGUAUUACGUGGUCCAGCCAAUUCCAAAUCAACAAAGACGCACUAUGUUCGAAAUAAAAUAGUAGAUAAAUAAACAAACCUUCUAUGUAUAAAACAUCAUCACAACCCUUAUCGUUUUAACAAGUGAAGAAAAAGCCAUGUUUCAUCUACUUUCUGUGUUCAUCUUCUUUCUUUUCAUAGACAACUCUAAUUCUUCUAACACUUUCAUAGCUCUCCUAGAUCCUCUCUCGAAACCCUCACCUUUCCUCUCUCAAAAACUUUGGUACUCUUCAAUCAUUUCUUCUUUACCCGCUUCUUCUUCUUCUUCUUCUUCUAUCAUUCAUGUUUAUAGUGCUCCAAUCCAUGGCUUCUCUGCAACCCUCACACCUGACCAAGUUAAAAGCAUCCGGAAACUCCCUGGAGUUCUCUCCCUGUUCCCUGAUAAAGUCUUGCACCUCCACACCACACGUUCACCAUCAUUUCUUGGCCUGGAAACCCCAAAUCCUUGGAUGCUAAACACUUCAGAAUCCAAUUCGAUUAUUGGAUUUAUCGACACUGGUAUUUGGCCCGAACACCCGAGUUUCUCUGACCAUAACCUUGGACCAAUACCAGUUCACUGGAAAGGCCAAUGUGAAAGUGGCUUCAAAUUCAAUCAUACAAAUUGUAACCUUAAAAUGAUAGGCGCCCGUUUCUUCUCCGGUGGAUAUGAUGCUUGGUUUGGCCAAUCGGGUAAACCCGUUAAGGAAUUUCGGUCACCUAGAGACUCUGAUGGGCAUGGCACGCAUGUCGCAUCCAUUGCUGCAGGGUCUCCUGUACCAGGAUCCGGGUUUUUUGGUUUUGCGGUUGGGUUGGCUCGUGGCAUGGCACCGAGAGCAAGAAUUGCAGUGUACAAGGUUUGUUGGGCUUCAGGUUGUUUGUUAUCCGAUGUUUGUAAGGCUUUCGAAAGUGCAGUAACGGAUGGUGUUGAUAUUAUAUCACUUUCACUUGGCUCGUCUCGUUUGCCGUUUUACCUCGAUUUAUUGUCCAUCCUGUCAUUUCGGGCAUUUUCUCACGGUAUUUUCAUAGCUGCGUCCGCCGGAAACGAGGGACCCACAUUGGCAACUGUGGCUAACGUGCCACCGUGGAUCACCACCGUCGGUGCCGGAACGGUGGACCGUGAUUUCCCAGCAACCAUACAUCUCAAGAACAAGGUAUCAAUUCUCGGUACGUCCAUCACCUUGAUGCAUGAUGAUAUAUUGACCCGAAAAUAUUACCCGCUCCACUUUGCUGCUAAAUUCAAUUCCUCGUCUGGAUUCAAUUUCUCUCGCCAGUUAAUCAAGGGUAAAAUUGUGUUUUGCCGGACAGAAGGACACGUAGCAAGAUUGUCACUUGGGGCUGUGCUUAAAAGAGCUAGGGCAAUAGCCAUGAUACUUUCUCACGGAAAUAUUGAUCCCAAUGGAAUAGUGUCGGAGCCCCAUGUAAUCCAAACUAUUAGCAUUGGGGCUUUAGAAGGCAAGGUAAUUGAGGACUAUAUUUUAUACGAUGAAAACCCAAUGGCUAAAAUAUCAUCACAAGGAACAAUUUCAAUGCAUGCAAAGCCAGCUCCAAUUGUUGCCUCUUUUUCAUCAAGAGGUCCUAAUUCUCUUGUACCUGGAAUUCUAAAACCUGAUAUUCUAGCUCCAGGUGUGAAUAUUUUGGGAGCGUGGACGGAUGCAAUUGGGCCAUCUGGCAAGGCAUUGGAUUUUCGACGGUCACGCUUUAACAUUAUGUCUGGGACUUCGAUGGCCUGUCCACACGUUUCAGGUGCCGCGGCGUUGAUCAAAUCAACCCACCCGGAUUGGGGUCCAAAUGAGAUAAAAUCAGCCUUAAUGACUACAUCAACUAUCCAUAAACAUUAUAAUUACAAUAGAAAUAAGCCAUUUUCUCCAAUUUCGGAUGAGUCUACAGGCAAUGCUGCUACCCCAUUUGACAUUGGAUCAGGGCAUAUGCUACCUAUUAAAGCAAUGGACCCCGGUUUAGUUUUUGGUUUGGAACACCAAGAUUAUGUUAAUUUCUUAUGUGAAUUGAACUACACAAAGAAACAAUUACAAAUUGUUACAGGAAAAAAAUCCCAUUGCUCAAAUGAUAGUACAUGGCAGUUGAAUUAUCCAACUGUAACAGUGGAGGCAGAAAAGGUUUGGCAUGGGGCAGUAGUAGUAGCUCGGAAGAUGACGAAUGCAAAUAAAGGGUCCAGCGAGUACAAGGCUAAGGUUGUCGGUCCGAAAGGGUAUUAUAAGGUGGAUGUGAAGCCGAAGAGGCUGAAAUUUUCUGGAAUAUCAGAUCAGAGCUUGAGUUUUAGAAUAGUUUUAGAGAAAGAAAGUAAUAUGCACGAGAUGAAGAAUUUGUGGUUUGGGGCUUUAAUUUGGAGUGAGAAACGGGGGAAGCAUAAGGUAAAGUGUCCUAUAAUGAUAUUUUCUGCCAAAGAGUACUCAGGUGAAUGAAGAAAUUAAAAGUAGUCUGCUAAGUAGAUGGACUUGUAAUUAUGGGCUGCAAUCAUUGGACCACAGCGUUAGUGCUCCAGGUAGGGCUAUCCCGUCUUCGUUAAGGUUCUAGAGGAUGUAAUGAGUUUGUAUUUGAUUGC